AAAAUAUCUUGAUCUGGAACCAGCGCCAUCGUCGCCGACGCCGCUGUUCCGACAUGCUGGUGGGCCGCUUGUUGUCACGCACGAUAUGCAACGUCUUGGGGUACGCGUACCCAAUUUACAUGUCGGUUCAAUCAGCGAAAAAGGAAGACGCGACGGACGAACACAUUCAGUGGGUGGUUUUCUGGACGGUGAAUGCGUGCUUUGCCGUGUUUGAAAUCCUCGUCGACUUUCUCGGCAACUAUAUUCCCUUCUACUACGAAGCCAAGGUGUGUAUGGUGGCGUGGCUUGCGCUCCCACAGUUCCGUGGCGCCUUGCAAAUCUACGACACUCUCAUUGCACCGUCCUUUGUCAAGUAUGAAAAGACACUGGAUGCGCAUAUCGACUUGGCCAGCGAUAAAUUGUCGCAGUUGUGCCGCGACGCCGCUUCGUUGGCAAUGCAGAAAGGCGCGGGUGCCAUCGUUCAGGGACAGCAAUACAUUGUCAUGCAAGCUAUGCAACAAGCGUGGAAAGUUCCCACGAGUCCCAUGAAUGCAGCUGCAGCAUCGUCCAGCCCACCAUCAAUUCCCACUUCACCGAUUUCGACAUCAUCGACAAAUCCUAUGGCUGGGGCAUCUAGCACUACCAAGCUGACCAAUAAAGAGGUCCGACUCGAUGCCUCCAUCCCAUCAACACCGCUGGAACCAGCGCCAUUGCCGCCACCGGUUCCAACAUCUCCAGCCGCAUCCCCAAACGCAGCAAUCCAACAAUCGACCCCGGACGAUGUUCGAUCUUCUCCAUCUCGGCAGGACAAGGAAGCGGAGCUUCUCGGUCAUUUCCGCGUGCUGCUUUCGCGCGGUUUGAAGGUGCGCCACCAUACCAAGUCGCGCCUCUUGCGACUGAGCCCAAGUGGCAACUAUUUGUUUCUCGAAUCCAAGAACAAUCGUGGGGCAAACGCUCCAGCUGUGUUGUCUCUUCUCGCGAUCCAACUCGUCGACACGAUCGGGUCAUCGGACGUGUAUUUGACGGUGGAAACCCACGCGGAAAAGGUCACUGUCGAAGCGGAGGCCAAGAAGACGCGGGAUCUGCUCGUCGCGGGGCUGCGACUCCUUGCGGUGGCAUUCCAGAAGCAAGGGAAGCGGGACUUGACGCGGCUGGCAGAAAUCGCCGCCAAGCAGAAGAAGCAGCUCGCGUUUGACAACUUGUUGGUCCAUUGCAACCGUCGCAAUACCAACAUGCGGCUGUACUGAAGCGAAGCGGGUCGAGUUGGACGAAACCACCACCUGGUGGAUUUAUAGCCAAUGAGAAUUGUCCAUUUCUAACGAAUCCACCAAUAGCUGCAUGGUAUCGGUGCGAAAGGCCUUUCAAGGCAGCCCAUCAGGGAAGUGAACCACGACAGUUGCCGCCUCGGCCAGCUUUGAGAAGGAAGCAAACCUCUCGCCUAGCUCAGAGAUCGUCCUCCGGCGUUUCUGACGUCCUGAGGCAGUGAACUCGAGAAAAACUUGCUAGGGUUUGCCCUCGAGUAUUU